AAAAUUUUGCCUCUCUUUCUCUCUCCGUCUCUGGUCCUUAUUCUCUCCUCAACUUUGCUACUGAAUCUGCCAUGAGUUCUUUGCUUUCAAACUUGCCGCAACCUAAACAGAAUUGAAGACAGAACCAUGAGUCGGACAAUGGAGGAGUAUCAAUCUAAUGAGAGUGAAGAGAACAAAGGAGGUUGGAUUUGGAGUAAGGCAGUAAGUGUUGGGAAGAAGGUUCUAACAGCUGGUGUUGUAGUGUCUUCAGCUCCACUUCUUGUUCCUUCACUUGUUGUUGCCUCUACCAUAGCCUUCCUCUCCUCUGUUCCUUUUUGUCUCUUCUUGGCUAACUAUGCUUGUACUCAAAAGGUCAUGAGUAGUCUUCUUCCUCCUGAUACUGAAGAAACGAGUGGAGUUGACAAAGAUGAUGAAUCUGGAUUUGAUGAGUACAGCAAGAUUGGUCACCGUGAAGAUGCGGCCGGAGUUGGUGAGGCUGCACUUUUCAGGGAUUCGGAUGAACCGGUUCCCAUUGGGGUUGAGGAAGAUAAGGAUAUGGCGAAAGAGUCAACGAGCUUGCUAGAGAAAAUUAGGGAUGAGGGUAGAAAUGAUAGAGAAACCUCUGAGAAGAAAGACUUACAAGAUGAUAAAAAGUCCGGAAAUGACAAGUCGUCAGAGGAGGUUCAAGAUCAGCCUGAAAAGCCGGAAGAGCCUGAAACUGGACGUGAAGGUGAACUUGGGAGCACUAAAACUGAAACUUCUACUGGCAAGGAUGAUGAGGAAACAUCUUCGAAUGAGCCGAUAGACCAAGCUAGUGGGGCACAUGGAACCGGGGACGAGAAACGAAAAAACACAACUAAGAAAAAGAAGAAAACCGGGCGUGCAGGUAACCGGUUUCUAAUAUGUCAUGUUCUGGAAUGUUUAAUUUAGAGGGAAGACUCUGUUCGUUCAUUGCUAAUAUUGUGUUGUGCCAUUAGCUAGACAUGGUUUAGAAUAGUCCAAGUAAUCCAAGUAUGUAUGGUUUUGGAUUUGCAGGUGUAUAGUGAAGAUCAGAUAUGGGAGAAGAUGGAGGCAUUGAGGAAGGUAGUAGGAUACAGUGUUGCAAGGAGUGCCACAUAUGCAGAGGAGCUUCAAGCUCUCUAUGUCUUCACUGGCGUGGUGGAACCUAGUCGCUCAAGUUUAAACCAGUUGGACACUCAUGAUAUUGCAUAUGUUAGUCUUAGACUUCGCUUCCUCAUGUCUGCUAUCGGAAUAAUCUAGUUUGAUGGUGUGUUUGUGUAGUAGGUUCAUGACUCAAAAGUCUUAAACAAGUGUUGUGUACUAAACCUCAACUUUGUAUGUACUUUUAUUGCGACUUUUGGUUCUGAUCAGUUUUAUUUGUUUUGAAUGUUUUCUAAUAUCCA